AUGGGGGCAGGAGGAGUGAGGAAGACAGAAGCUGCAAAAUCUAAUGAGAGAACAAACGAUGAGGACAGAGAGAGUACAGGUGCAGCAGAUGAGGAACCACCUGAGUUGGAUGAUAUGUCCAGAGUAGAGAAAGAGAAGGAACUGGAUCUGAUGGUAGCCAAACUGUCUGGACAAAUAGACAUCCUAACACGACAAGCCCAGACCUUAACAGCCAGGUCCAGGCCACAAGAUAUUGGAAGACUAAAGGUCCAGCAGGUAGUAGUCACGCUCAAGUCAGGUGCCAUCCUACCACGCAAACCCCAAUAUCCAUUGUCAGUGGCACAAAUAGAUGCGGUGACUAAGCAAAUCUUGGCAUUCCAGGAAAAAGGAGCAAUAAUUAAAACAACCUCUCCGUGUAACACGCCCCUUUUCCCAGUUAAAAAGAAGGGGAAAAAAGGACAGCCAGACACUUAUCGUAUGGUACAAGAUCUACGGGCUGUCAAUGAAGUUAUAGUCCUGGAAACACCAGUGGUAUCAAACCCAUAUACCCUUUUGUCAUGUGUGCCUCCAGAAGCCACCCGUUUCACUGUAAUUGAUUUGGCAAAUCUCUUCUUCUCAGUGCCACUUCAUCCAGACAGUCAAUAUCUGUUUGCUUUCACACAUGCUGGAUGCCAAUAUACCUGGACGGUCAUGCCCCAAGGAGCACAGAACAGUCCUUCUCAGUUCAGUAAAGCCAUGUCUUCCAUACUGGAUGAAUGGAGAAUGGAGCAUGAUACAGUGACACUCCUGCAAUAUGUGGAUGAUUUGCUCUUGUGUGCUGACACUGCACAAACAUGCAGAGAAGCUUCUGUUGCACUACUACUCUUCUUGGCUCAACAAGGAUGCAAGGUCAGUCUUGCGAAAAUUCAGUGGUGUCAGGACAAGGUGGUCUUCCUGGGCCAUUGUCUCAGCCCUGGGGCUAAACACCUGACUGAAGAUAGGAAGACAGCGGUUAUGAAGAUGACUGAGCCUACAACACCAAAACAACUUCAAGCCUUUCUAGGACUCAUCUCAUACUGUCGACCAUGGAUUCUGGAUGCUUCAAUCCUCAUGCAGCCCUUGUAUGAUUGUGUUCCUACUCAGCCUUUCUACCUCACCUCUGAGGCCAAACAAUGCUUUGAACUAUUAAAACAAGCAGUCAUAUCCUCUCCAGCCUUGGGCCUCCCGAACUACAACUUACCAUUCAGACUCUACGUCAUGGAACGUCGAGGAUAUGCCACAGGUGUGCUAACUCAACUACAUGGAGGCCGCAGUCGCCCUCUGGGCUACUACUCGGCCAGGCUUGACCCAGUGGCCAGAGGAAGUCCAUCAUGUAUCCGAGCCAUUCAUGCAUGUCACUUGCUAUUGGACAAAACAGCUGAUGUUGUCCUGGGUCAUUCACUUCAAAUCCUGGCCCCUCAUGACAUAUCAGCCAUCCUUCAGCAAACUCAGCCAAAACACUUGUCUGCAGCUAGACAUCUCAGAAUGCAGUGUUCUCUCUUACUUCCGGAUACGGUCACUAUCAGCAGAUGCCAUGUCCUCAAUCCAGCUUCACUCCUUCCUUUCCCUCAAGGGGGGUCUCAAGAAGGGAAGGACGACAACAUCGAUGCCACAUACUCAGAUGAUGAGUUUUAUAACGGGGAAGCCCAUGACUGCCUACAAUUAAUUGAACAAGAAACUGAGCCCCUAUGGAACAUCAAAGAAACUCCUAUUCUGGACCCGGACUUGACACUGUUUGUGGAUGGAUCUAGAUACGCAGAUGAAACAGGAAAAUUCCACACAGGAUAUGCAGUUACCUCAAUGGAAACAGUAUUACAGCAACAACCCCUUCCACCGGAUAAAUCAGCACAGGAGGCUGAAUUAAUAGCUCUGACUGAGGCUUGCAAGAUGGCAGAAGGGAAAACUGCAAACAUCUAUACUGAUUCACGUUAUGCCUUUGGAGUAGCCCAUGACUUUGGACCAAUAUGGAGAAGCAGGAAGUUUCUGACAGCAGGAGGCAUACCUGUGAAGAAUGCGGAAGCUGUGCAGGCCCUGAUGGAAGCCCUGAGCCUCCCCAUACAAGCUGCAAUUUUGAAGAUCAAAGCUCAUUCAAAAGCGGAAACUCCAGAGGCCCAGGGGAAUGCUCUAGCAGACAAGGCAGCUAAAGAAGCGGCAGUGAGGGAAAUGAAGGAUCUCAGCACCAUAAUGGCUUUCGCUCCGGGUAAAGUGGCCAGGGGAGAAGGUGGAAUUCCAAAGGGAUUAUUCCUCACUAAGGAUAUCUUGGAAGAGAGACAAUGUGAGGCUACAGAUGAUGAGCAUGAGGUGUGGGCUCGGAAAAAUGCUAGCCCAGAUGAAGAUCGAAUAUGGAGAUUGGGCCACCUCCUGUGCCUACCGAGAAGUUUAUAUCCAAAUGUAGUCUGUUGGGCCCAUGGACCCACACAUCUAGGGAAGACAGCCAUGAACAAUCUCAUAUCCUCCAUAUGGUUUGCACCCGCCAUCUCCACCUACACCUCUCGAUAUGUGAACAGCUGCAUGGUCUGUGCCAAGUGCAAUCCAGGGAAGCUGGAGAAGAUCCUGAGCAGAUUCCUGGAAGUCACAAGUUGCAGCCCGGAGACUGGGUCCUGGUAA